AGACCACUGUGCUAGUUUGUGGAAAAUUAAAAUAAAUUAUUUUUUCCACAGAGGUAGAAACAUGGAUUAUUUAUAGAAUUACAUAGGCAUAAAAACUAAUAAAAUUAAAUCUAUAUUUUGUAGAAUAGGUGGUCUCGAAAGGUUAUUCCUGAGCUAUGCCGGAGCACCUAGAGCUGCAGCAUCUUGUGGACUUAUCCACGGCAAGUGGUGACGAGACUAUACCUAACCUUUUGGAAAACAAGAGACCUCUGUUAAAAAGAUGCCCAUAUUUGGGCUUAAUACUGGCUACUCUAUCGUCCUUAUUCUUUUCACUAUGUUCAGUUAUCGUCAAAAGCCUUGUCAACGUAGAUCCCAUGCAGUUAGCCAUGUUCCGUUUCAUAGGGGUCCUAUUGCCCACUGUACCUGUAGUUAUUUACACUGAACAGCCAGUAUUCCCUCCAGGCAAACGAGUUCUGCUUGUUCUGCGCUCUAUAGUAGGCACAGUGGGUUUAAUGUUAAGUUUUUAUGCAUUCCGGAAUAUGCCUUUAGCUGACGCCUCUGUUAUAGUAUUUUCUGUACCUGUAUUUGUUGCAUUGUUUGCUCGAGUUUUUUUAAAGGAACCUUGUGGUAUUUGGAACACAGUAUCAAUAAUUUUAACUCUAGUAGGUGUGGUACUUAUUACCCAUCCUCCUCUUUUAUUUGGAGAUGAUGUAACAUCUGGUCACAAUGAUAAUUAUAACAAGUUAAGAGGUGCAGUUGCAGCAUUUGUUUCUACAAUAUUCGGAGCUAAUGCUUAUGUGUUGUUAAGAGUCUUAAAAGGCUUGCAUUUCUCUGUUAUAAUGACAAACUUUGGUGCUAUAGCCAUAUUGCAAACUUUAUUAUAUUCCUUUGCAUUUGGUGUUUUGUGUAUGCCGAAUUGUGGCACAGAAAGGUGGUUGGUUGUUUGUUUGGCAUUAUUCAGCUAUUUGGGACAGAUUUUAUUAACAAUGUCUUUGCAAAUGGAACAGGCAGGACCUGUGGCUAUAGCUAGGUCAGCAGACAUAGUAUUCGCAUUUCUUUGGCAGGUUAUGUUUUUCAACGAGAUACCUAGCAUGUACUCUGUAUUUGGUGCCAUUUUAGUUCUUAGUUCAGUAAUGUUGGUAGGUCUUCGGAAAUGGGCGUUAGCAUUGCCUACAGAUUCUCAGUUGCGGGGUAAAUUAGGUGUAUUAGCUCAAUAAUGAGGUUUAGUGGAUCUAUUACUGUUAACUCACAACAUCUUCAUAUAUCGACUACACAUCAUUUUAAAAAUAAUCCAGUAAGACGUAAAGACGUAUGUAAAGAGGCACAUGUUAUUUUUAUGUUGGCACUUUAGUCAGUUAUUCAAAAAAAUCAAAGACAUUGCAUUUAAAAUAAGCUAUAUUUAAAUUAAAGACACAAUAAUUAAUGUAAACUUUUGAAGCAUUUUUAAGUCACAAUUCACCCUAAAAGACUGUUACCUGUGUCCUAACUUGAGUUGUGUAGUUAUUGUUUACACUCUGAUUUUACAUAUCAUGUGAUAUUUCUUUGUUACCCAUAAGUAAUCUUUUAACUUAUUUAUAAGUAACUAAUUUUGAGAAAGUUUUGUCUAGUUCAUAGAGAUAACUAUGCAAGUUAUAAUUUAUAAUGUUUCUGUAACACUUUAUAUUGAGUAGUUCUCAAAUACUUCUAAUAGUAUUUUAUCUAGUCAAAUAAUGUAUUGUUAGUAUAUGGACGUAAGAAAAGUAUUUUUUGUAGCACACUUCGGUGGCCUCCCAAGUUCGCAAUGAAAAUUGCGAAAUUAUUUCAUCGACACUAUGUAUAUUUAUUCAUAUUUAAGAGCUUUGCUCAUUAAUGUAAAUGCAUUAUUAGCACUAAAGCAUACACAAAAAGUUAUCUAGUGUAUUCGCAAGCUUUCAAGUGAAACUUUCGAUCAAAUAAUGUAAAUGCAUUAUUAGCACUAAAGCAUGCACAAAAAGUUAUCUAGUGUAUUCGCAAGCUAUCUGAAGUACUGUAAUGUAUCAUUUUUUAAAUUAUUGAUAACGAGUUCAUAGAUUUUUAUACAUAUUAUUACAUAGAUGAGAUUGCUGCAUAUUUGAAAUGAAACUUUGUUUAAAAAAAAUUGGAAUCCGAAAAAAUAGUUUAAUCUUUAAUAUCAUUGAUAAUGUUAUUCUCAAAGGUAUAUAAUUUGAGGGUGUCGUUCUUAAUUUCGAAUAACACUAUUUCCACUCGACAGUACUUCGACUACAAAUUAAUUCGAGAGAACACUACUUCGACAAAACACUCGUUCGACAGGU